UUUUACAACCAAUUCACAAUUAGAGCAUCAAAUUAUUGGUUCAGAAAAUGAGCCACCACUAAAUCAUGAUAAUCAGAUUUUGAAGAAUGAAAUAAAUAGUUUACAAAAUGCAUUCAAUGAAGAAGAAUUGCAUGAAGAUCCUAUGCUAUUAUAUAUUGGUCUAACGUUUGAUGCAUGGGAAGAUAUCGAUAACUUUAUAGAAACAUAUGAAAAGCACAAAGGCUUUUCCUUUUGUAGAAGUAGGAAUGAUUGUCAUUCAGAUCGUUCAGGCAUCCGCCGCCAUAGCUAUGAAUAUUUCCAUGCAUAUAUACAUAAAGCCAAAAAGUCUAUUGAUAUUACUCAGCAGUGUGAAUGA